GUUACUUUAAGUAAAGUGUGAAUGCACUUGAAUGGCAGCUUACAGAGAACUGUCCUGUAGCCAGCACACAGGAACAUCUACUGCUCUCCAGAAACUGGAAGGUUUUGCUAGCCGACUGUUUCAUAGGCAUUCCAAAGGUACUGCACAUGACCAGAAAGCAGCCCUGGAAAAUGACAGCCUUCAUUUCUCUGAACAUACUGCCUUAUGGGACAGAUCAAUGAAAGAAUUUCUAGCCAAAGCCAAAGAAGACUUUCUAAAGAAAUGGGAAAAUCCUCCCCCGAGUAAUGCUGGACUCGAGGAUUUUGAGAGGAAAAAAACCCUUGGAACAGGUUCAUUUGGAAGAGUCAUGUUGGUGAAACAUAAAGCCACUGAGCAGUAUUAUGCUAUGAAGAUCUUAGAUAAGCAGAAGGUUGUUAAACUGAAGCAAAUAGAGCAUACUUUGAAUGAGAAAAGAAUAUUGCAGGCAGUGAAUUUUCCUUUCCUUGUUCGACUGGAGUAUUCUUUUAAGGAUAAUUCUAAUUUAUACAUGGUUAUGGAAUAUGUUCCUGGGGGUGAAAUGUUUUCACAUCUAAGAAGAAUUGGACGGUUCAGUGAGCCCCACGCUCGGUUCUAUGCGGCCCAGAUAGUGCUAACAUUUGAGUACCUCCAUUCAUUAGAUCUCAUCUACAGAGACCUAAAGCCUGAGAAUCUCCUAAUUGACCACCAAGGUUAUAUUCAGGUCACAGAUUUUGGGUUUGCCAAAAGAGUCAAAGGCAGAACUUGGACAUUAUGUGGCACACCAGAGUAUCUGGCUCCAGAAAUAAUCCUCAGCAAGGGCUACAAUAAGGCGGUGGAUUGGUGGGCACUAGGAGUGCUAAUUUAUGAAAUGGCAGCUGGCUACCCUCCGUUCUUUGCAGAUCAACCAAUUCAGAUUUAUGAGAAGAUUGUUUCUGGAAAGGUCCGAUUCCCAUCCCACUUCAGUUCUGAUCUCAAGGACCUUCUACGGAACCUGCUGCAGGUGGAUCUGACGAAGCGAUUUGGAAAUCUGAAGAAUGGUGUGAGCGACAUAAAGACCCAUAAGUGGUUUGCCACAACUGAUUGGAUUGCUAUUUACCAGAGGAAGGUUGAAGCUCCAUUCAUACCAAAGUUCAGAGGCUCUGGAGAUACCAGCAACUUUGAUGACUAUGAAGAAGAAGAUAUCCGUGUCUCUAUAACAGAAAAAUGUGGCAAAGAGUUUUGUGAAUUCUAGAGAGGAAAAAGAUCCCAUCAGAGCUCACACUCAGCCUCCACACUCUGCUGAGGUGUCAGGUGGAGCCGAGACCGUUCUUGUUGACGCAGUUACCUACUUCUCCAUUCCAGCAACUGAGUGAGGUCCUUAUUGCAUCAUCCAUGUGCGCUCUGCAACCACCUAUGUAACAAGGCACUGCUCCAAGCAUUGUCUGUGCCAUGACACAGUGUGGACCACUUUCCUACUUUUGAGUUGUUUUUCUCCUCCCUUCUACAUCCUUUUUCAUGAAUUAUUCUCUGACCAGUGCUCCAUUUUCGUUUCUCGGUAUUUUGAAUGGGCAGUGUUAUGGCUGUGUGAUAUUUAAAAUGAAGGCUAUAUGUUGCUUUUUGUAGUUUUGGGCAAUAUUUUUGCUGACCAGUGGCUUGAAGAUAAACUUUUUAAUGAUUAGGUUUACUGUGAGUAGCUCAGAUUCAGUUUUGCCAAAAUGCAUAAUAAUUUUUGGAGAUAGAAUGUCUAAUUAAUCAAGGGAAUUUGCAUAAAUUGAGACAAGAACUUUCUUGGCAGUCAUCAAUGUGGCAAUAAAUGUAGAGUCCUUAAAUCAAGCAGCUUGGACCAGAGGUUCGAUCUCCCUUUGUUUGCCUUUUAUCUUUUCCUCUCCUUGAAAAAUUAAGUAAGCAAACUAGAUGGCUUGUUCAUCAGGAAAAAUGAGCGGCGUGGAUCCUCACCCAGGCUGCCUUCCUUGGUACCAGCAUUUCUGUAGGUUCACUAGAGAAGAGUUCUAGGGUGUCGUCACCUUCCCUCUUCCAUGAAGGUUUUAGCCAGUAUUUUAGUAGAGUACGAUUGAUAAAAAUGACAAUAUUUUUGUUUGUUUAUCAAAUAGCCCUCAUUGUCAAUUUCUUAAUGGCAAGCAAGCAAAUGAAAAGGAACAUGGAUUUGGACUUUGCAGGUCAAACGAAAGACUGGAUUCUUGCAGGCUGUAUAGAGGUACUCUUCUUUAAAUGGGGUCUUCUGUUUGGUUUGAUUGCAACAGUUAGGAAUGCAGGGCAUUGCUGUGCCCUUAUUAUCCCCAUGUGUUACAUCAUAACCCUAAGGCGGGGCACUGUUGCAACUUGGGCUUUUGAGCCCCUGCUUCAGCAGUGAGAAAAGGCAAAGCUUAUGAAACUGCCACAUUUGUAUUUAAUUUUGAGGUGUGAUAUCUUUAGGUAUGUUGGAAUUUCUAACCUCUUUUUUUCUCUUGGUAAACAUAAGAUCAUGCAGAUACAGUUUUAAUAUUUGAGUUUGAUUAAUUUUUUAUACUUUCUUGCCAACUGACUUAACCAUGUUGCCAUCGUGCGGAAAUUUCAGGCACUCUUGCACAUUUAGUUCAGUGUUUGUUGUGAAUCCAUGGCUUAACUCAAUUUUUUAAACUAUUUUUUCUUUGCCUUUAAUUUCCUCAUCUGAUUUUAUCUCUUGUCUCAGUGACCUACCUUAAAGCGACACACCCAGAUAGUUUGAAAUAAAAUGCAUUCAUUUUUACAAUCAGUCUCCAGGCAUAUAAAAUGAACUGUUUUUACUCAAACCAACCCUGAUGUAUAUAAACCGCUAUAUCUGCUUCCUCACUGGUGCGGGUAGGUCACUGACACCACUUCCGUCCAUCUGUACCCCCUUACUAACCUUUGAAGACAGUGACAAGUCCUGAGAUGUUCUCACCACCUUAUCUGCAUGUCUUUUGGUUGUCAAGUGUUUCUGCAUGGUAGUGUCCCACAAAGCCAGAUAAUGGUUUCAGUUGGUCACCUAUAUUUAAAAUGUGCAAGAAAUUUUUGAAAUACUCUGCUGUAGCAAGUUUUAUGUAACAAAUAUAUAUCACGGUGUUAAUAGAUUGAAAGCAUCAUUUGUAUAAAAUGUUUUACUUACUUUUUGUAUUUCAUUUAAACCCGAGAACACGCAAAUCAUUGUAUUCUGUGUAUACUGCCCGUUCUCUGGUAACUUUGUUGUAUAUUAUUGUAAGAUUAUUUCAAUAAAUCAUGAGGAUGGCAAUUUGAUUAUUAUAGUUUAGUCUUAAAUAAUUGAACAGAUUUCUAUGAAUUCUAAAAACAUUUUUUUCUAUGAAAUUACCCAGCUAUUGAGUCUACCCAGGUAGAGGACCCCUAGGCAUGCAUUGGGAUUUGAAGCCUAUUCAGCCAUCCAUUUUACUGUCUCUAUUUUAAGAACAUGAGCACACUGUCAGAUAUGUCAGAGGAGUCUAUUUCUGACUAAUCAGGUUCACUAAAUUGGAAUAUUUUUAGCAUAUCUAAAAUUCUCAUUUUUCAGCCACAAUGUAGUCAAGAUUUUUUUUAACUUGAAUAAUAAGUCAGUAGCAAAAAGAAAAAAAGAAAGCGGUAUUUAAACUCAAAUUAUAUUCCAUGUAACAGAAGAAAUUAAGUUUUUUCCCAGUAAAUGGAGGGAUGGAAUUAUGUAGGACAGAGCCCUAGACUGAUACUGAAGGUGCCUGUGUUUCAGACCAGAAAGCUCUCCAGAUGGCCUUGGCACAGUCCUCCAUCGAAGGGAAGAGCUGAGACAGGCACUUUCUGUGGUCCCUUCUAACUUCUCUAUUUCAUGUCAAGAUUCAUUCUUUAUCUGACAUUCUGAAGGGAUCUCGUGCUUUAAGUUUCUGUAAAGUGGUACAUGUGGUGCACACUUCCUCUGACCUCUGACAAUGUUCUUAAAAUCCUUUGACCAUCACAAGAUCCCUGUAUCUGUCCUGAUUCCUUUGUCAUUCACUGAUGCUAAACAUACAGUUGAUAUCAAACUGUCAACCUACCAAAAACGACACCGUGGCUUAUGGGUAUUGCCGUCUUGUUCUUGGUAUGUUCUUGUACUGACUGCCCCUUGGUCUGAAAACAUACUCAUUUGUAAACCUAAAAAUAAAUCAUUUUUCUUUCCCACUGUUUUUUUAUUUUUUUCUGCUUGUAAGAAUCAAAUGAAAUAAUGUCUGUGGAAGCACCUUGUAAACUGUAAGCUAUCAAUGUAAAAUGUAAAGGUGUGUGUUAUUUCAUUAAUUACUUCGUUUAGAGUGGAAUUUCCUAUGCACUAUUAUAGCUAGGAAAUGCUGAAAACAACUGUGUUUUUUAAUUAAUCAAUAACUGCAAAAUUAAAGUAUCUUCAAAGGACAAAA